ACGUCACGUCGCCCGUCGAUGUUGUGCGUUGUGGUGUUGCGACGUGCACACAGCACACAACGGCGCAACAACCGAAAACAACAGUUUCCGUGUGCCGUCACCGCUGCCGGAGUAUCGCCAAUGCCCGAGACUGCCACCUUCGGAAAAAAAAAGAAAAAAGAAAACAUUGCUUUUUUUCCGUUGCUGUCCCCCUUCCCCCGUCCGCCAUCGUGCACCGCAAAAAACCGUCUUGAACCGAAAAAAAACAUUGUCCAUCGCUCCACUGCGGGACUCUCCCCUUCGAUCACCACUACUACUAUUACUACUACUACUACUCUUCCACCAACCAUCACCACCACCACCACCACCACCACCACCACCACCAACCACCAACCACCAACCGACCAAUCAACCGGGUGUUGUGAUCCACCUUCUUCGACUCUUCGUCUCAGCUUUAGGGGGACGGCAGCACACAUCGAAUCAAUCACCAAAAACAAAAUUUGCCACCUAAUUCUGUCCAUCGGCGCGUCUCUCCAUUUGACUACGAUCGACUGUCUUCCCGACUGUUCGUCGUUUCGAGACCGACGUUUCUAUUCUGCCACUACUACUAGUAUUACUGCUACUGCUACUUCUACCACUACUGCUACUGCCACUACUCGUCGACAUCACUUAGGAACGUGUGUUAUCCGCAACAACAACUGAACGCGUGAGAGUUGCCGCCGAGAGAUCUUCUCGACCUUCGACUCCUCGAACGAAAUGAUCACGCAAAAUAAGC